AUGGCUAAUAAUAAUUUCUACCAGCAAGAACAAAAUAGGCCGGCUUGCGCCGCAUGUGAAUACCGACGACGGAAAUGUAAUCCCGAUUGCUUAUUAGCCCCUUACUUCCCACAACACAAUCUCCAACAAUUCAUUAAUGCUCAUAGAUUGUUUAAAGUUUCAUACAUGAUCAAGACUCUUAAAUCAUUGUCUCCUGAUGAUCAUCAUAAGGCCAUGCAUGACAUUAUCUUCAUUGCUAACGCACGUGCCAAUGAUCCUGUCGGUGGUUGUAAGCGUAUUAUUGAUUCUUUGUCUUACCAAAUUGCUUACUUUCGGAAUGAAUUCCAUCAUAUUAAUGCCCAAAUUCAUGCUAUUCGUAAUUCUUUUCCUCGUAAUAUUCAUCUACAAUAUGUGCCGCCGCCCUCCUUCAUCGAGCACCCUGGGAGUUUUAAUCACUAUUACAGGAGAAAUGGGAAAAAGGAAGCAAGGGAAAUAUGGGAAGUGCGAAAUAGGAAGUGA